GGCAGCAGCAUCUGUGCGGGCAGCUGCCGGCCCUGCCCUGCCCGGCCCCGCGCCGACGCCGUAUAAAUAGAGGCAGCGAGCGGCAGGGAGCUCCUGGCAGCCACCAUGAAGGGUCUCAACCUGCUCUGCUGCUGCGUGGCCUCGCUCCUGCUCCUCGGCACCGCAGAAGAGGUUGAAGAUGCCAGCGAGCCGACCAAGCGCGACCGGUCCCACUUGGAAAACACCCUCAAGCUGAAUGAGGAAAAACCUGCCGAUGAUGUCUCAGGAGUAUUGCAGCGGCUGAGGAAGAUCUACCACUCCUCCAUCAAGCCCCUGGAACACUCCUACAGAUACAACGAGCUGAGGCAGCACGAGAUCACAGCUUACCCCGGACGCACCCUGGGCUCCUCGGCCACAGAUGGGGAGAUCACUUCCAAGCCCAUGGUGCUAUUCCUGGGACCGUGGAGCGUCGGCAAAUCCUCCAUGAUAAACUACCUCCUGGGGCUGGACAACACUCCCUACCAGCUCUACACAGGGGCAGAACCCACCACCUCUGAGUUCACUGUCAUCAUGCAUGGCCCCAAGCUGAAGACCAUCGAGGGGAUCGUGAUGGCUGCUGACAGCGCCCGCUCCUUCUCACCCCUGGAGAAGUUUGGGCAGAACUUCUUGGAGAAGCUGAUAGGCAUUGAGGUGCCCCACAAACUACUGGAGCGAGUCACCUUCGUGGACACGCCAGGCAUCAUUGAAAACCGCAAGCAGCAAGAAAGAGGUUACCCAUUCAAUGAUGUGUGCCAGUGGUUCAUUGACAGAGCCGAUCUCAUCUUUGUUGUCUUUGACCCCACGAAGCUGGAUGUGGGCUUGGAGCUGGAGAUGCUGUUUCGUCAGCUGAAGGGCCGCGAGUCUCAGAUCCGAAUCAUCCUGAACAAAGCCGACAGCCUGGCUACCCAGGAGCUGAUGAGAGUCUAUGGCGCCUUGUUCUGGAGCUUGGCUCCUCUCAUCAACGUCACAGAGCCACCCAGGGUGUAUGUUAGCUCCUUCUGGCCCCAUGACUACAAUCCAGAAACCCACAGAGACCUGUUCCUCAAAGAAGAGAUAUCGCUCCUGGAAGAUCUCAAUCAGGUGAUUGAGAACAGGAUGGAAAAUAAGAUUGCCUUCAUCCGCCAGCACGCCAUCCGGGUGCGCAUCCACGCCCUGCUGGUCGAUCGCUAUCUACAGACCUACAAGGACAAAAUGACCUUCUUUAGUGAUGGAGAACUGGUAUUCAGGGACAUUGUGGAAGAUCCUGACAAGUUCUUUAUCUUUAAGUCCAUUCUGGCAAAGACCAAUGUCAGCAAAUUUGACCUCCCCAACCGUGAGGCUUACAAGGACUUCUUUGGCAUUAACCCCAUCACCAGUUUUAAGCUGCUAUCUCAGCAGUGUUCCUACAUGGGAGGGUGUUUCCUAGAGAAGAUUGAGAAGGCCAUCACCCGUGAGCUUCCUGAUCUCUUGGGAAGCAUCGGCUUGGGCAAGAAGCCCAACGUCCUCUCCUGUGACGUCACUGGCUGUGGCGAAACCCCAAAGAAUCGCUACAGGAAGCCCUAAGGUGAUCCACAACCCAACUGUCCACGUGUUCCUACUGGUGAAUGAGCUUAUGUCUUAUCUGUCCAAGAAGCCGUGGUUUGUUAACCCUUUGAGUGCCGCGCUGGCAAAGGCUACAGUACCAUGAGGACUUUGAGUCACUAACACCGAUGGCAGGGGAAGAUGGGUGGGCAUAAGGAAGAGAAUAAAAACUGUGAAUUCCUGACAUUUUAUCUUUGUUCUUUCAAGUAGAAGGCAAUGUUUAAGCUGUAAGUAUGAGCAAUGCAUGGGCAGGACUGCAGCUGCUUUUCCACUGGUGCCAAGAAUGCAUGAAGAGGAAUUUCAACCUCUGCAUCCCUGAAGCCAUGAGGGAGUGAGAACAAGGGCACGGCAUGAAAGCACAGGGGAGAGCAGUGACACACUAACCCAGGCAUCACCAGGAGCACUGGUCAAGGAAAGAGAGCCGUGUCCCAGCUGCUAUUUUCAGGAACAAACCUGCUACAAAUCUCAGCAAAUAUUGGUCUUGUUUUGUUUUCAAGACCUCUAGGUCACCUGGUGAGUUCUUUUUUCACUUGACAGCUCAGUUGAUCUUCUGCAGCCUUCAUGUGGGUGUUUGACUUAAGAAGGACCAUUUGCAGGGGUGUUUGUAGUUGCAGACAGGCAGCCGUGAUGGGAUUUGCAAGUCCAUGGCAGAGGAAGAAAUGGGGUGGAAAGGAACAGCCAGAACUGGCUGAACUGUGCUGAAGGAGGAGGGCUAGCACCCCAAAUCAGAUGGUCCCACAAGGAGAUGUGACCAUCCCUGGACCAGCACAGAAGAAGGCACUUCAUGUCUGUGUGUGUCAUUAACCUCAAAACCCACGCUAGCACGUCUUGUCUGUGGCCCAGCAGGGCUCCAAGGGUGAGGGUUUGGCAGUUUGCCUUUGCUCAAGUCCAUGUUGCUCUUUUCUCAGCCAGCCCUCCAUGUUUUUGUGCGCUGUGGAAUGAGGCAGGAAGAGGGGUCAUUAGCUGUGAAGUUUAAAAAGGUCACAUCCCUUUUGCCCACCUGCUGAUCUGUCCUCGCCAGGACAGUCCAGGCAGGUUUCUGGGGCUUUCCAAACUCCUCCCUUUUUAGCCAUUUGUUGGCUUGUCUCUGAGCAUCGGUGCUCAGUCCUGAAGGAGAAUUGCUUUGGAAGCACCCGAGCAGGGUGAGGUUCCCCAUGGACAGCUGACCGUGAAACUUGGCCCUCAUGGACAGUAUUGCUCUCUGCCAAGCUGAGCCCAAACCAAACAGGAGAUAGAUGUUAUCCUGGAUGGAAAACCUGCUCCUUCAAGCCCACCAAGGACCUGUGGAAGGUCCUUCCUCCUGCCAAACACCCACAGCAAGUGCUGGUCUCCAGGAAAUCUCUGGAGAAAAGGGACUUAUUUUAACAGAAGCAAGAGAACAUGGAGAUGCUGGCUAAAGCAAGAAAAAGGCAAAAGGAAUGAAAGAGGGAAAGAGAAAGCUGGAAAUGGAAGGCUGUGUUGUGAUGGGGGAGGGUGUGAAGGGCAUUUCCACAUGUGCAACAACUAUGGCAGGAGGCCUGGGAGAUGUCCAUGUCCCCCAGACACUGCAAUGAAGAGGUCCCCUUGAGUCCAGGUGAGUUUGAGGGGAUGCUGCUGCAGGGACUUGAAUGCUCCUGGUCUCUGCUUCAAGGUAGGACUUGACAUUUGAACUAAUGAAGCUAAGACUGAAAUCUGCAUCCAAGCACAGGGCAGGGCGUGGUUCAGGAAGAGGGAUUUUGCCCGCAGUGCAGAGGGAGCAGAAGUGCAAGGGAGGGCAGGCAGUGUCAGAGAGAGCAGCAGUCAGAGCAGUCUGGAGAGAAGGGAUGUGCUUGUGAGUACUAUGAGGUCUCAAACCUGCCCCAGUGCUGCUGCCCCUCCGCUGUUGUUCCUUCUUUCUUGUCCACGAUCCCGUUGCUCAUCAGUUUUCCUCUUCAUCUGAUGUUCGCUCUCCUCUGUUGGACUGGUCUGCAUGGAUCUUAAGAGCUAAUGGAAUAGAAUCACCAACAGAAACUGGCUGAUGCUGUCACUGUUCCUGCUGUCACACUGUGUGUCACUGUCACAGAAAGCAAAGGCCUUUAAACAUUUCUGUUUGCAAGCACUGUAUUGCACCAUCUCUUUCCUUGUUCCUCUGUCCCCCUAAAGCCCAUGAGGGUUUUACCCAAUUAAGCCCCUUUACCCAGGGAAAGGCCCCCUGUCCCACAAAGAGUAUUGACCUUGAAGGCACUGUUACUCUGCUCUCAGGCCACUCUCAUCAUUCUCCUCACCCUUUCUCUGGUUUCCUUUUAUCUUGCUGUAUUUUCCAGCCCUCAUCGCCUCCUCUCCUCCCUUCCUCUGCACCUGCAUGCCCUGUGCAAAGCCUCGGUGCCUGUGUGCUGAAUGGGGCUCCCCCAUGACAGCCAAAACCCUUUUCCCCCUGAUAAAGUUGUUUGGGUUCUCUUUCCAAAGCCAUGGCAUUGGUGGUCUGUUCCCUGCUCCCUGUGACACACACUGACCCAGCUCUGUCCUGCCUCAGGGACAUGCUGCCACUGAGAUGCCGCCUCUCCCACGGAUCCAAGUGGCUGUCAGUCCCAAGAGGAUGGCAGUUGCCAGCUCAGUUCUCACUGAGCUUUCUUAGGAGACUUCUGGGAAUUUAGGUGUGGAAUAAUGAGGAGCAGGGAGGCAGAGGCAUUUUUAUUCUGUUGAGAAACCCCAACGCCCCCAGGAUUUGUGGGGUGAACAUCUUGCCCAAG